UUAAGCCAUCACCCCCAAUACCGUCCCCUCUAAGUAUCUGAAUCAUUGUGUUAUCGAUCUGUGAGAAAAAUUUGUGUCGUGCAAUGGCGGACACCACUGCGCAACCCAGCCGAUCAAGAGACCUCGAUAAGCUCCUCCUCCGACCAGGCCAUCUCGUCGGCCCGAACUUCGAACCUGGACCUGAAUUGAGAGAUGAUCUUAAAGAGUAUGCGAAGGUUUUGGUGGUGGGUGCCGGUGGAUUGGGGUGUGAAUUACUAAAGGACUUGGCUUUAUCGGGAUUUCGGAACCUGGAAGUCAUUGACAUGGACCGAAUUGAAGUGUCCAAUCUCAAUCGCCAAUUUCUGUUCAGGUUUGAAGAUGUUGGAAAGCCGAAAGCUGAGGUGGCUGCAAAGCGAGUGAUGGACAGAAUUAGUGGUGUGAAUAUUGUGCCACAUUUUUGUCGCAUUGAGGAUAAAGAGCUAGAAUUUUACAAUGAUUUCAGUAUUAUAGUCCUUGGCCUUGAUUCCAUUGAGGCUCGAAGCUACAUAAACGCUGUGGCUUGUAGUUUUCUAGAGUAUGACUCUGAUGACAACCCUCGAGAAGAAACAAUAAAACCUAUGGUAGAUGGUGGAACUGAAGGUUUCAAGGGUCAUGCUAGGAUUAUUAUGCCAGGGGUCACGCCAUGCUUUGAGUGUACAAUUUGGCUCUUUCCCCCUCAAGUCAAGUUUCCUUUAUGUACUCUUGCGGAAACCCCAAGAACUGCUGCUCAUUGCAUUGAAUAUGCCCAUUUAAUCAAAUGGGAUGAGGCUCAUAGUGGAAAAAGUUUUGAUCCAGAUAAUCCUGAACAUAUGCAGUGGGUCUAUUCAGAGGCUGUCAAGAGAGCAGAGCUUUUUGGCAUUCUAGGAGUCACAUAUUCUUUGACCCAGGGGGUGGUGAAAAAUAUCAUACCUGCUAUAGCAUCCACCAAUGCAAUUAUAUCAGCUGCAUGUGCUUUGGAAACGUUGAAGAUUGUAUCAGCAUGCAGUAAAACAUUAUCAAAUUAUCUAACAUAUAAUGGUGUCGAAGGCCUUCACACUAAAGUGACUGAGUUUGUGAAAGACAAAGACUGUCUUGUGUGUGGUCCUGGCAUUCUUAUUGAGCUGGACACUUCAGUUACCUUGAAAAAGGUGUUUUCCUUUAUUUUUAUCUUUUUUUUUUCAAAAUUGCCUUGUGUCUCUAGUUGUACACUCCAUUAGUGAUUUCUAUUAUACAUUCCAAAAUGGUAAGUUCUGCUGAUCUAUCAUGACCUGGAUGUGACCUGAUCUGUUAUCUCUUGGGUUGGUUGUGUUCUGUAUGGACCUUGGUUAUACCUUGGGGUGAGAAAGUGAAAGCUUAUGAAUUGCAGAACUGACUGGGGUCCUAUAAGGUUAUGACUCUGCCAUUUGAUAUGGUAUAGAACCUCAGGAUGCUUUAAGACAUGGUUUGUGAAUGAAAUGAAAAGGAUGUUGUUGGAAAUAUCUGUUACAAAGUUCUACCAAUGCAAUUUUUUUAUUAGUCAUCCAAACUUUGAACGAUGGUAUCAUGUAGUAAUUUCUUUCUCUGUGGUCUAAUGAUUUUAUUUUGCCAAGAUAAGUGGUUAGAUUCUAUACACGAUCAUUAUGGGAAACAUGAAACUUAAAGUGUUUGUUACUCUAUUUGUUUCUGCUCUUUAGGGGCAUAAAUAGUUCUCUGCCUCUGGCAGUCUCCUGUUAUGCCCCUGACCUUCAUUUUGGGGUAACACUAGUCGUAAUUUCUGUUGUCUUGGAGCAGUUUAUCGAUCUACUUGAAGAUCACCCUAAGUUGCUUCUAUCCAGAGCAAGUGUUACGCACAGAGGGAAGAAUCUGUAUAUGCAGGGACCUCCAGUACUGGAAGAGAUGACUCGCUCGAACCUGGAUAUGCCACUAUGUGACCUAAUGGAUAAAAUCCCCAAGGACAUUGUCCAUGUGACUGGCAUAGCUGGAAAGGGUGAUAAGAAGCAAUCAUGUUUAAGAAAAUUACGUGUUGUUUUCAAAGGAAUUGAUGGAGUUACCGAUAUGGACACUGCUGGCGGGGCUUGACUUUUUCAUACCGCAACUGUUGCAACCAGAUCCAAAGCUGCUUCAGUAGGUGCUUGAAUCCCCCACCCUCCCUUUUCUAGUUUGAUUAUUUGAGCCAAAGGCAGGUUUUGUUGAGGCAAAAAAUGGAUAGCCUUAUAUUUUUGUUACUUUUUUCCAAAGAUAUCUCAGUAGAACAUUUGAGGCUGUGAAUAUAUUACCAAGAGAUCAAUGUUAUUAGAGAAUGUUCAUUUCAAGUCAUGCCCGAUAAUUUUUAGCAGAAAAUACAUGUAAAGGCGAUGAUUCAUUGGUUUAUUCGGAUUGAUGCAUGAUAGAUGCUGUAGCAAGAGCUG